AUGGACAAGAGGGACAAGUCCAGGGCAGCGGCCGCUGGUCGCCCGCCCGCUUCUCGCCCUCCUGGCCUUCCAAUCCCCAAGCCCGCAGGGUCUCCACGACCCCCUCCUCCAGUAACCAGCGCGGCUCUCCGAGUUCUGGGAGCAGCAGCAGCCGCAGGGCGAGGGCCCCUGGCAGAGCGAACCGGGGGCAUCCGGGGAUCCGCUCUCCCGGAGGUUACUCCCCAGGUGGGACCAACGCGGAGCGCUGGGACGGGCCCCCGGAGCCCAGCCUCCAGGCCCUCAGCAGCUGGGAGAGGGGAGCGGGCCCCUGCCAGGACCCCAGGCUCAGGCUGUAUCUCUAGCUCCGGGCAUGCCAGCGCGCCCACCAGACCAGGCCUUCUUGGGCAGAAGGGGCUCCGUCCCCCAGCUGAGGAACCUGCAGCCAGAGGAAAAGCCAUAGAUUCACCCAGAAGGAGCACCCUGAGCACUGGGGCACGGAGAGACUCUUCUGGGUCCACCCCAGCCAUUCCCUCCCCGGUCAAUUCCCGUCGGCCCCGGGCUGCGGGCGCUGAGGUGGGUGUCCCUCGGGCAGCUCCAAGUGCCCGGCUCCGGCCCCUGACUACUGAGGCUUCCAGGAAGUCAGUGAGCAGCGCCCCAGAGCGCAGCGCGGCGGAGCCGAGCCCUGCCUCCAGGAAGCGACCCAGCGCCGGCGGGAGCCUCCAGAGGCCAACCUCACGCCCCCCGGGCUCUAGCGUCACCCCUGUAUCCUCCCCAGUCCGCUCUGGAGCUUCCCCGGCUGGAACACCCCGGGCUCUUGCAGUUCAGCCCAAGUCGAAAGGACUGCAGACUCUUCGCGCCCCGCAGGCCACAUCCCCCAGGAAGGGCGCAGCCCCAGUGAGGGGCCUUUCUCCUCCUCUGGCCACGUCCUCUCUACCUUGUCCUACUGCACCGCCUCCGCGUGUCCCAACCACUCCCUCUCGGGACGCGCUGCCUCCUUCUCCACCGACCACGCCCCCUUCCCAGGCCCUCGGCCGGUCUUUGACCACGCCCCAUCCACUAGCCCCUCCCUCUCCGGCUCCGCCCUCUUUUCUGACCGUCCCCUCUCCGCCGGCCACACCUCCUUUGCAGGCUCCACCCACACACCUGGGUACAUCCUUUCCGGAGGGGUCCGCCUCUCCCUUGGCCAUGGCCCCUCUUCUGGCAUCAGUCCCUCCAUCAGUUUCACCUGCUCUGCAUAGUGUACUCCCCACCGAGGCAUCUUUGACUUUACCUCCUUUUCCAGCUCUCCCCUCUCCCUUAGCCACACCGGCUUCCGCAGGUCCUCUACCACCAGCCGCUGCCCCUCUACAAGCCCCUCUGUCUCAGGCAGCAUCUGUGAGGAACUUGCCCUCUCCCCUAGCCACACCCCCUCCUCAGGCUCCUUCCUCUCUGGCCACGCCCCCUCCACAGGCCAGUCCUAUGCCUCCACCUCUUCAGGCCACGCCCUAUACACUGGACACGCCUUCCACACCCCCUUCACAGGCCACACCCUCUCAGACCACACUCUCUCUUCAGGGUCCUCCCCGUUCAGAGUCUCCCUCUCCCCUGGUCAGGCCCCUGCUACAGACUCCACCUCCUCUGGCUACUUCCCCUCGACAGGCCGCUCCUAUACAGGCCCCAUCUCUAGCCUCACCACCUCUGCGGGCGACCCCUCCUCCCUUGGCCGUGCCUCAUCCGCACUCUCCACCUUCUCUGACCACUCCUCCUGUACAGGCCACUCCCCCUCAUCAGAGCCUGCCUCCUCUGCUGGCUCCACCUUCUCUGGCCUCACCUCCUUUGCAGGCCCCACCCUCUCCUCCCCCUGCUUCAUCUCUGCAUGAUCCUCCCUCUCUUCCGGUUCAGCCCCCACAGAGGGGUCUACCUUCUCUGGCCUCGUCUCCUCUUCAGGCCCCCCCUUCUCCCCCUGCUUCACCCCCUCUGCAAGACUCUCCCUUUCCCCUGGCCACACCCCCUCCGCGGGCUCUACCUUCUCUGAGCACGCCCCCUUUACAGGCCCCUCCUCCUCCUCCAAGCCUGCCUCCUCUGCAGGCUCCACCUUCUCUGGCCUUGCCCCCUCUUCAGGCCCCUCCUUCUCCCCUUGCUUCACCCCCUCUGCAAGACUCUCCCUCUCCCCUGGCCACACUCCCUCCGCGAGAUCCGCCUUCUUUGAGCACGCCCCCUUUACAGGCCGCUCCUCCUCUGAGCCUGCCUCCUCUGCAGGCUCCACCUUCUCUGGCCUCUCUCCCAAUGCAGGGGGGUCCCUGUCCCUCUGCUUCAUCCCCUCUGCAAGACCCUCCCUCUUCUCUGAUCACGCCCCCACCACGUGCUCCACCUUCCCUGGCAUUGCCGACUUUGCAGACCCCUCCCUCUCCCCCUGCCUCACCUCCUCUGCAGACCCCACGCCGCCCUCCAACCCCGGGUCCCGAUGCCCCCAUCUCGGGCCCACGGCUGACCCUGGCGCUGGCCCAAGGCCCACCGCCGCCGCCGUCGCGCAGCCCGUCUAGUACGCUGAGUGGCCCGGACCUGGCGGGCCACAGCAGCAGCGCCACCAGCACGCCCGAGGAGCUGCGCGGCUACGACAGUGGGCCCGAGGGCGGCGCCGCAGCCUCUCCGCCUGCCGAUGCCGAGCUCGCCGCCUGCCACCCGGCAGCUUGGAGCCGAGGUUCCACUCCGCCUCUGGCCAUCCGCAGCACCCCAGGAGCGCCCCUGCCUUGGUCUCCUGCAUCCGGGUCGGGCUCUGCUGAUGGCUUGUGCACCAUCUAUGAGGCUGAAGGUCCCGAGUCGGCGAGCCCCGCCACAGACGCACUGGAUCCCGGGCCCGGGCCCGGCGCGGGCGGUGGGAAGGCGGCGGCCGGAGCUGCGGCUGGUGCGGCCUCUCGUGGCGCGAAGCCGGCGCGCUUGGGAGACCUGCCGCUGGGGGCGCUGCAGGCGAGCGUCGUGCAGCACCUGCUGAGCCGGACGCUGCUGCUAGCUGCGACUGAGGAGGCCGCGGGAGGCAGCGGUGGUCCAGGUGGCGCUGGGGGUGGCGGCAGCGCGGGGGGAGCCCGCACUGCGCUGAGCGACGCCGAACUGGGCCGCUGGGCCGAACUGUUGUCGCCGCUGGACGAGUCCCGCGCCAGCAUCACUUCAGUCACUAGCUUCUCCCCAGAUGACGUGGCUUCCCCGCAGGGUGACUGGACCGUGGUAGAGGUGGAGACCUUCCACUGA